GUACUGGUAACACUUCCUUGUGUCACAUUAUAAUGUCGAAAUUCUUAUCGAUUGCUGAUUGUGUAUAUCGACAACGCAGUCAGCCACCAUGGAAGACGGACGGUUCGUGAGCAGAGCGCUGGCAAACCAACAACAAAUACAGUAUGACACACAGGACAGACAUACAUGAAAAUGAAAACGACGAACGUCGACGGCAACGACGAUUGACUGUCGAUUGUCAACACGACGGUGAAUCAAGUGAAAUAUAUCGCUAAAUACCUGCAGCAGAAAAUAAAAUUUAGCGAAAAAUUUAUUUAAUUAUUAUUUUCAAUAAAUAAAAAUGGUUUUCAAUAUUUUAUUCAAGGAUCGUGUAACGAAACCGCAGAAAAAGAUGCUUAUCACAUUGUUGCGUGAAACUAAGUACAUGGAGGGGAAAAAGGAGAAGGAGUGGUAUUGGGAAAAGAUACAGGCAGCGCUAAACACAAUUGGACCGAAAAAGACUAUUAUACAAUGGAAGAAGUGUUGGCGUGACAUGCGUUUGACCACGCGUAAAAAACUUGCCGAAUUGAAACGCUGCCAAUUGGCAGGAGGGUCACCGCCUCCGGGAAUCGAGCUCAACCAAGAAGAUAACGACAUUAUUGACAUUGUUGGCACUGAAUACUUUUACGAGGAAAUGAACGGCGAAUUAAAGCCGGAAAACUUUAUGUCUGGCUUUGAUUAUGUGCCGGAACAUUUUUGUGAUGCCAUUUUAAGCGCUGCUGCGGUAUCCAACGGGCAACAACAGCAUAUGCAACAUCAAAAGGAUCAGCAGCAUGCAGCACAACAGCAACAACAACAACAGCAGCAGCAGCAACAAGAUCAUGCCAACAAUGAUGGCGAAACAAAUGAUGCGCCCGGUUCAUCGAAUCAUACCGACACGCAUGGUGGCUCAUUUCAGACGCCCGGCGUUGGCAUGCAAUCGCACAAUGGUGACCACGUAUCGGGCAGUAGUUCGUCGCAACAACACAAUUCGAUGCCACACCUGCAGGCAUUCCACGGCGGUCUGCACUCACAUCUGUUGCGUCGCCAACAGCAUGCUGCAGCCGCAAUGCAACGUGAAUCCGCAUUUGAAGAGAAACUUCUGCAAUUCAUGCAAGAUGCUUUUCCAAAGAAAAGCAAAAAACGGAAGAAUCGUGAUCCCGAUAAGCUCUUCUUACUCUCACUUUAUGAGGAGAUCAAACGUGUGCCGGAAGAGAUACGACUUGAUGUUAAGGGCGAACUUAUACAGGUGCUAAAAAAAUAUCAAAAGAAACCACCGGUGAAACAGGAAAAAUCCCAAUCACAAACACACGCACAAUCCACAGCGUCGUCAACGAGCAAACAAAGUACGACCACAACAAAUGAUAAAAUACAAUUGUCGCAACACGCGCAAAUAACGCACAGCAUGUAUCAGUUGCAAAAGAAAUACGAGAAAAAUGAAAAAGAACCAUCGCCACAAUCACAAGUCGAACGUGUAUCGGCCUCGGCCGUGGCGCUACACGCACAACAACAAUUGCCACACACGCUAUUCCAAUUGCAAAAGAAAUACGAUGAAGGCGCCGAAAAGGUGCAUCAACAGAAUGAGCAGCGCAAGCAUGUCGAGGGUAGCCAUCAACAGCAUAAUAGCCAUCAGCAGGCGCCAGCACCACCCACCAGUGAACAACAUCUACAUCAUCCACAAAUGGCGCAUGGCAUUAUGUUUCCAUUGCCACAAAUACGCAACGAGCAACCUACGGCACAGCAACAUCAUGCACAUAAUCCCCACCAGCAGCAGCAGCAACAGCAGCAGCCGCAACACAAUCCACAUCAACAGCAAACGCAACAACAUCAUCCGCCCACCAUAUUCGGCGCAACGGCCACCACCAGCGCCAUGAGCAGUGAACGGCCAGCCAUGGCGUAUGAGAAUGUCGGGUGAAUGCUGAGCCGUUUGUGGGAAGCAGCUUGGGAAGGACGUGUACAUGCCGCGCCGGCGUCCAUAGCGGUUGCACAGCACGAAAUAUGAACUGCGCCGCGCCCGCUUGCUGCCGGCUAGUGACGCACACAAUUUCUACAUAUGUACAUAUAUUAUUUACUAACAUAAAAUAUUAGUAUAAAAUAAUGAAAAA